GCCAUAUUUAUUUGUGAAGAUCGAAACAGAUCGAUCGAGAGAGUCAAUCAAAGAAAUAAAAUGCAUUCGGGGCACCAUUGGGGAGGGCCGUUGGAGAUCUGCGCCAACAACGCGCCGGCGGAGUCGUCCACCACGACGACGGAGGAGUGGGACAGGGCGUCGGGGACGCAGCGGUCGUCGACCAACCACCGCCACGCCGACCUGGACGAGACGCAGCAGAGCUGGCUGCUCGGCGCGUCGCCGGACGACAGUAAGAGGAGGAAAAAGUACGUGGACUUGGGGUGCGUGGUCUGCUCCCGGAAGGCGCUCGCCUAUUCCUUCUGGGCCUUCCUCCUCGCCUUUCUCGUCUUCGCCGUCCCCACCGUCAUCGUCAGGGUUUUGCCCCGCCACCGCCCCCGUCCCCCGCCGCCGGACAACUACUCCGCCGCCCUUCACCCCGCCCUCCUCUUCUUCAACGCCCAAAAAUGUAAGUAAUUAAGCAUUUAUAAUUUAAUUAUAUAUUUGGAGUCUCUUUGUAAAUAACGUUAGUUAUCUACAGACAUUGUGUUUAGUGUUAGCAUUUUCAAAGUAUUCUCCACUGUUAAAACUUUAUCCAAAAUAUUAAUGCUAAUUCCCAAACAGGCCGUUGCUCAUUUAUAAAACAAUUCCAUCUUA